CACAGAGGCUGGCAGGUCCGCCGAGGCCAGCAGGAGCCUGGCGCUGGAGGCCAAAGGAGCCAAGACGCAGCGGAGGUCCAGCGCUGAGAAGGGCAAGGAACGGCACUCGGCCGGAGAACAAGAGAAGCGACAGUCUCCAUCAGGUGAGUGGCGGGCGGCCUUCUCUUGGGUGGCGGCGGUGGUGUGACAUGUGAGUUGCGUCACGCUGCUCCCUGCGGCGUCAUGUUCACUCAUUCUUCCUCUCCCAACAGACCCGCACAGGCCCAUCAAGCUGAAGGUGAUUCCCCGCAACGUGACCGUAGGGCGCGGCAUCGGCUUGCCCAUGGGCAGUCCCCUGGCUGCCGCCCGCUCCCCACAUGUGCUUUGUGCCCCCUCGCCUGCCUGCACCCGCGCUACAAAACACUGCCCGUCGUUCACUCCUCGGGUGGCCACACACUUCUCCGUGGCACGCCCACCUUCCAGCAGGCGCCCACGUCCUUUGCCUCCGUGGCGCUGCGGUAUGGGCGGCGGUGCAGCUCCCCACAGACGCCCCAGUUGACCGGCUGUGCCUCCUGCACGGCGGCGCUCCACUCCGCCAGACCUCUCCUUCGGGCCCCAGGGUCCCCGCGACUCACCUCCAGCAGCGGCGACCACUGGAGUGCCUUUAUCAGCAAGAACCACCGCACCCAGAGUGUCGGGGCCGCCGUGCCGGCCCGGGGAGAUGGACUGGCUGCCCGCGCCGUCACCCUGUUCCAAGUAGAGCUCCUGGUGCUCGGUGUCCACGGACAACGACUCUGGUCCCUGCUGCUGUGACACAAGGAGCAGCUCUCUCAUCGACGGGGAGCGGUGGACGGCGGAUGAAUACUUCAGCUCCCGCGCCUUCUUCCGCAUCAUGUCCGACCCGCCGAUCCUGGUGGUGGGCGGCGUGCGUCAGAGUUGAAAUUGUAUGGGACUCGUUGCUGUGCUCUGCGUGUAGCUGUGAGGUGAGAGAAGACACAGUAUGUUGAGGGAAGGCAGCUGCACUAGUGACAGCAGCAGCAGAGCCCCACCACUGCUGCUGUUCCUCUCCUCUUCCCAGCACAGCAGCACACAGGACACAUUUCCAUCAUCUUUAAAUCCCGGACACUUGUGCCUUGGUGAUAAUCUCACAGCAGCAAACCCUACAUUGCUCAGGUCAACUUCCAGCUAGAAUCAUAAUAUCUGGAGUUAUUUUUCCACAAAGAAGGAUUCAAAAUAUCCCCCCCCCAAAAAUAAGAUAUUUUUAGAAAUGAAAAUCCACUCGAAUUUUCUGCCUGAAGCUCUCGUUAAAAUGACUCCCUCUUGAAUCUUGUGUCCGACUCCAGCUGUGUCCAAGAGAAUGGAUCUCCAGUUUGUAGUGAGACUUCCGAGCCGCCCAGACCUGUGAAGGCGAGCAGUCCAUCAGAUAAUGAGAGUAGACAACAUAAGCAACAUAAUGAGAGACAAAGUCACAAUAAUAGAGAUAAAAUGAAGGCACUCAAGUAUUAAUGAGAAAACAAAACAGAAUAAUAAGCAAAGUAAAAUAAUGAGACAGUAAGGCCAGUCAACAAAUAAUAGUGAAUUUACUGUAGGAAGGGUCUGCUGUACUACUUAAUGACCAUUCAAGUCUACUUGUUAAAGAUGUGUUUACACUUUGAAGUGUCAUUUUCUUGUACUAUGAUACAUUUUUAACUAUUUUCUUCCACCUGCCUUAAUUAACAUUGAGUAGAGUCU